AAGUGAGCUUGUGACUACAGUCUGGGGUUAUUUUCCUUUCUUGUGGAGCCAGAGGGUACCGUCUGUGACCUCAUGUAGAAAAUAGCCACCAAGAAUCUAUCCAGGAUCAUUUUUAGUUCUUUAGUUUUUGGCACGUACACAUUUUCAAAGCAGAUUAAAUUUGUCCAAUGUAUUUUGGAAUUAUAUAUUGCCAAGCACAAGGGAGGAUGCAAACCACGGAGCAGAGGCUUUAAUGGAGAGCCCAUUCAGGAGGCAAGCAUCGGGCUGGAAGCUUUGGCUGGAAGCUUUGGUUGCUACGUUUCCAGAAACUUCUUCCCUUCCUUUUCAUUGUCAUUCAGAGCAUGGGAGUAUCCAGUUGUCAUAUUGCUAACCUGCUGCCUUUACCUCUGGCAUUUUCAAGAAGUAGAAGGAGUAAGCCAUUUUUGUGUGUUGUCGUUGUUCUGUACCCUUGAAGAAACUAGGACUUAAGCCAGGAUAUCUUACAUGAACAUUUUUUAAAGUUUGUUUCUUAUCUCUGAGCCAGCUGUGGAGAAUUUAGUACAAGACAUGCAUGGAUAAAAUGAAUCGUCUUAAAGGAUUGCAGCUCCAAAAAUACCCCAGCAGGACUGGGCAGGUUUGACAUAAUGACAUUCCUAUUUUAGCCUGACUUCUGGAACUCUGAAGAACUAUAAAUUGAGCCACACAAGACCCUAAGAAGGUGGUGCCUCUUCUAACCACAUAUAGAAUUCUUCUUCAGACUUUUGGAAAAGAUGUGUCUAGUGGUUGUUUUCCUAGAGAAUGAGACUGUUGAUACUUAACAACUUUAAUACAGGAAAUGGUAGGUAGAAAGCCUGGUUCAUAUCCUACUGAAAACCAAAUUUGACUCCAGAAACUUACACCAGGUGCUCAGAGCCAAGGUCUGCACAAGCCGCAGCGGAGAUGGCAGAAGCGUCUGUAGAUGCUGGGACUCAGCUGGUAACUGUGAAGAAAAAGAAAAGCCUGUCCAUCGAGGAAAAGAUUGACAUCAUAAAUGCAGUAGAAAGUGGCAAGAAAAAGGCAGAGAUCGCAGCUGAAUAUGGCAUAAAGAAAAACUCAUUGUCUUCCAUUAUGAAAAAUAAAGACAAAGUUCUAGAAGCCUUUGAGUCUUUGAGAUUUGAUCCGAAGAGAAAGAGACUGAGGACAGCAUUUUAUACGGAUCUGGAAGAGGCAUUGAUGAGGUGGUAUCGGAUUGCUCAGUGUCUAAAUGUUCCCGUUAAUGGUCCAAUGUUGCGUCUAAAAGCUAAUGAUUUUGCCCAGAAGCUGGGACACAAUGAUUUUAAGUGCAGCAAUGGCUGGCUGGAUCGUUUUAAGUCCAGGUAUGGCUUAGUAUUCAGAGCACAACCUGUAGAAGCCACGGGUAUAUCUCUAGACCCUUCCACUGUGUGGUACCAAAAUGUGCUACCUUAUUAUUUAAAUGAUUAUCAUCCUAAAAAUGUUUUCAAUGUAAAAGAGACUGGACUGCUUUAUCGAAUGUUACCUACAAAUACUUUUGCAUUCAAAGGGGAAACAUGUUCAGUUGGAAAGUUGUGCAAAGACAGGAUAACGUUGGCACUUGGUACAAAUAUGGAUGGCUCUGAGAAACUCCCUUUGCUUAUCAUCGGAAAAAACCGAGCCCCACGUUGUUUCAAAGGCAUAAAAUCAUUGCCUGUGUAUUAUGAAGCUAGCAGAAUGGCGUGGAUGACGACAGCCAUAUUCGAACAGUGGAUGCAGAAGCUGGAUGAGAAAUUCCAAGCCCAGAAACGAAGAGUGGUGAUUUUUGUUGAUUCUUGCCCAGCACAUCCAGAAGUGAAAAACCUAAAGUCUAUUGAGUUAGCAUUCUUCCCAUCAUGUUUGUCUUCCGGGUUUGCAGCUAUGAAUCAAGGUGUUAUUAAAAGCCUUAAAAUCAAAUAUCGGCAUUGUCUUAUCAAAAAAUUUUUAAGUUCAGUGGAAAGUAGCAAAGAGUUUACGUUUUCUCUACUAGAUGCAGUUGAUACAUUGCAUCUGUGCUGGAGAGCUGUAACUCCAGAGGUCAUUGUUAAAAGCUAUGAAGAAGCAGGAUUCAGGUCUCCAAAGGGAGAAAAUGACACAGCAAAUGCAGAAGAUGCUGCUGCUCUUGACCUGACUGCCCAUGCAGUGGGGGCAGGAGUGGAAUUUCUUGAAGGCUUGUCCAUAGAGGAAUAUGCUGCCCUGGAUGAGGACCUGGAGACUUGUGAAGCCACCCCAAAAGAUGGUGCCGAGUGGGCCGGAGAAAGUAAGCAAGAUGAAACUGGUUUUUACACUUCUGAUGAAGAGGAGGACGACAGCGGAGCGCUAGACGUGGACCUGCCGUUGCCAUCCAAGAACGAAGCGCUCACAGCUGUAGGCACUCUGAAAAGGUUUCUUAGGAGUCACGACAUGAACGAUGAACUUCACAAUUCUUUAGCAGACCUUGAAAACUUUAUGAACGCUUUGUCACCUAAGUAGACACCUAUUGUUCGUCUGCAGAGUGGUACCUUUUUCUGGGGUAUCUUAUUCCCCAAGGAAUGUAAACGGAAAGUAUCACUUAAACAAGAAAAGAGAAAGCCUAGUGGUAAUCGUUAGCUUAACUGCAAAGCCUUUGAUCUGCGUAGCCGGGGCUCCCUAGGAAAUAAUGACUAAGGAAAACUGCAGAAUUCCCUUUAGCAGGUUUGGGGAGAAUAAAAAAUGUGUUUCAGAGGCUUUAUACUUGAAAGAAACUUAGAAAGAAUGCCAGCUGGCUGUCUCACAGGCAUGAAAUGGCUGCUUUUCAUUUUCUUUGUUUUUAAGUUCAGCUCAUUUUCUAGAAUAUUUUAUCUUUGUAGCCUAAAAAAAAAAACCAC